UGGUAUUUAACGCUCAGAUGAACAUUCGAUUCGAAUGUGGAAAGUCCCUCUACUCUACACUUCUGAUACCGAUAUACAAGUUCUGUAUUAAUACACAAUUAAGCUAAAAAUGCUUUUUUGGAUUAGAACUAUUAUAGGAAAACUUAGAUAGAAAUCGAAUUUGAAAGGAAUUUUGAAUAAAAAUCAGUAUGCAUUACACAGUUACAUAUGUACGUAAUUUUAAAGCAUGCUCCGGAUGUGGAAAUACCAAAGGUAUUUCAUUAUCUUUCUAUAGAAAAUUGAGUGAAUUCGCUCUUUGAUAUCAGUCGUUGGGGCAUUUUAUGGAAUAAUUGACAGGAAAGAAAUAUAAACGUGACAAAACUUUCAAAGAUAUAAAUAAAAACACAACAACAACAACACUGCCCUCAAGAUUAAUUUGGUAACGCUCUGAUGAACAUUCAACUCAGUUGUUGAAAUACCCUUGUACUUUACCCACCACAUCUUGUUUUACAUACUGAACCUAAUAAUUGUCUUUUGGAUUACUAAAACUGUAAAAAGCGCAUUUUUUAAAGGACAUUUGUGAGAGUUUGUGGACAAAAAUAUGCCCUAGUUAAUUUAAAAAUACACACUAGUGACAAAGACACGGAUUACAUUAGUUUUUUUAAAAAUCUAUUAUCAAAAAGAGGACAGAAUUUGUUCUUUAAUGUUGUGUGUUACUUUUGGUCAAUUUAAUGGAUUUUUAUUGACAGAAAAUUUUAACAAUUGAUGGCUGAAAAUGCAACACUGUGACACGGUAGCUUUAUCCUUAUUCAUACAUGCACAGCUCGACAAUGUUGGAUUCAGUAAGGAUAGAGUACGACAACGCGUGGCAAUGUACAAUAUACGAUCCACUGCGUUGUCGUCUGCCACAAGGACAAUUUUGAAUGCUCCUCAUAUUGAAAAAAUUGUUGUUGGAAGUAGACGGGAAGGACUAGCUUUAAUAGAGAAUUCAGAUACAGACAUAUUGCAAAUAAAUCAUGGAAUAUCAUGCAAGGAACAAUGUGCAUACUUUCGCAAAAGACAAACGAGUUAUGUUUAAAAUGGAAUACCAAAAUACACCUCCCGGUUAUGUAUUGUUGCGUAUACAUUCUAAUGACCAGUGCGAUCCAGUGUUUUAUGAAAGCAUUGAAUACGCUCUGGUAUUUAGCAGACGAUAUUUAUCAAGCGAUAAGUUUGUAAAAAAGAAUGAAGAUUUAUUUUUCCAACAGACAGGAUAUGUUGCAGCAAACACAAAAUACACGGAACACAAUGGUCCUUCAUUGCCUAAAAAGGUGUUUAAUACCAACGAAGUAGAUUUUGUCCGUGCAUUUCCUGCUAAUUUCAAUGGACUUACUGAAACAUGGUUCAACAGAAGCCGAUUAUUCAAUUGGCCAUCAAAGGAAACUCAAACUGAAAUAACAAGUCUGCCGAUCUAUGUUGUUCCGGUAGGGAAACUUGAAAGCGAGAAUCGGGAUCUUCAAUGGCGCAUAAGUUUUACACCUGCAGAAAUUCAUCUUGUUCAUUCGCUAAAUGACACUCAGACAAAACUAUUAGUAUGUCUAAGACUUCUAUGUAAACAUAUAUUUUCCCCGAUUUGCUCAACUAUGUCAUCUUAUUUGAUGAAAAACGUAGUAUUUUGGUUAUCAGAACAAAAUCCUUUACAACAUUUUGAUGAACAUCGUUUGUUUGACAGAUUGAUAGAUGCCUUGCUUUACAUACAAAAUGGCAUUAGGAGGAAGCACAUUUCAAAUUAUAUGAUAAUGGAAAGGAACUUGCUGGAAGGCAAACUCCUCGAUAGAUCUAUCCGACGUGAUUUGGACAAGGCAAUCGCUGAUGUAAUAGAACAAUUACCUGAAACACUUUUGAUGUGUAUGAGAUAUUACCAUGACAAGGACUCCUUGCAACUAAUGCUCCCAAACUUGUAUUAGUUGUCAGUUUACUAAAAACAGUAGAGGAGCAAGAAUGUCAAAGCAUCAAGAUAAUUCACGCGAUGACUCUAGAUGAUUUAGCAAAUUUAACACAUGGAUAUUAUAAAUCAUCAAAUAUAAUCAUGAUCUUGUGGUUUGAUUUAUGUUACAUUGUGCUUCCUUACAUAAGGAAGUAUGGUUGGAAGUCAAUGCUUUUUGAUUUCUAUUUAGGGAAAUUCAGUCGCAUUGUACAAAAUGAAAUGACUAACACAACAUCGCCUUGUAAAGAUGGUGCGACUACCAGAGAAGCGGUGUCACUGAACAUUAGCUAUAAAAGGCAAGUUGUGCCUUCAACGACUUCAAAAACUGACAAGACAAAUUUAAAAAUACUUUAAAAAUUUAAACGACAACACACAGACGCUGGAUGGUAAAGCAGAAGAUGUUGCUAAGCAACGCGUGUAUGAAAUAUUUGCAAGACCUCUAAACGACAGAACUGCACUAGCAUCAAGCCAAAGAAAAUCUAUAGAUUACAAAAUUGUCCCUAAAUGGUGGACAUGUCCAUCGCAAACUUUUCCUGACCUUAUAAGCGCAUGCAUCAGUUGAUGGAAUUAGCUUGUCAGAAUGUAGUUCAACAAAGAGGAAAACGCAUACAAUUACUGAAACCGCUACCGUUAUAGAAGUGCCUAAAGUAGACUUUUUCCAAGUUAUUUUGAUUUGGAUUUUCUCUUUAUUUUCAAAAUGUAAAAACAUUUUUAGUGCUGUUGUUACACUUAUACAUGAAUUUGUUUUAGAAAAUGCUUAUUUGGCAAUUUUCUUGUUUGCAAUUGACACUGCCUUUCGGACAAAUCAGAGAUUUCUAGAUUUAAAAGAAGCCAUAGAAAUGUUCGCAGUCAUACUUUUAGUAGUAGAUAUUUUAUCAAAUAAUAAAGUAAAAUUAGUUUUGCAGAUUAUUUUACACAUGUUUAAAAAGUUAUUUCUUUUUAUAUACAUACUUGGUGUGUAUGUAGUGUGGUUCUUGUUAGUAGUCCGAAUGUUGAUAAAUAAAGUAGACUUUACAUUCACCCAUUUUGACGUAGGUGGAUACUAUUUUCAUAGGACCUUUAACGGUAAAUAUCAUCAACGGUUUUGUUGGGAGACUUCAGUUAAUGAAACUUCUUGUCGGUACCUCGACAAAAUUCAUGGCAUUUCAUGUGAUAAUAUUCAAAUCUGCUUCAAAUGCGAUUACGUGCUUCCAAGUUACUAUAUAUAUUUCCAAGAAACGUUGAUUUAUAUUUAUGUUUAGUGUGUAUUUAACAUGGUAAAGAAUAAAUAUUUCAAAGGUUAUUUUGUUUCAUUAGUGUCUUAUUUGCAUUUUUUAUUUACCAAGUUUAUAAUGUACAGUUAACCAAAAUAGCAAUUUUGAUGUUAUUGAUAGAAUAGCACAUGCGUUUAUAGACACUGAGUAUUAUAAGAUGCCAAUUAUAUCAUAUUAUUAAUGUAUACCACGAUGGUAAUCUUAAUGCUACUGUUAGAAUAGUACAAGACCUAAAUUUGAACUGUUCAGGAAACAAAUGAAACCUAUGUUUUAUAAGUCCUAAUUAUAUUGAAUCCAUUAAAACGGAAAGAUAUGGAGACAUGUAGUUUGUCACUUUAGUAGUUAUUUACUUCUUUUGUGUUGAAAUAUCUUUGAAUCCAAUACUAUUUGGUUUUGACUGUUGGGCUAAAUACUGACUAAGCUAGUUCUAUGGGCCAUGUGAUAUAUUGAGUUUUCCAUAUCUCAUAUGAAAAAAAAUCAACCAAACCAUAUACCAGGUAAACGAUUUUCAUCCAUCUAUGUUUUGUUCAUUGCUCUCGAGUGUUCUUACCUUCUGACGCCUUGACUCAGUUUAUACAGAUACA